GGCCCCUUGUUGGCAGACACACCCUUGUUUACAGUAACCCCCAGCCAUAGAUCUACUCACCAAUUCAUGACCUGAACACAGGCCAUGCAUAUGGUCAUCACACAUUUGUACCACCCAUGCAUUGCAGUAGUCAGUCUAUAAUAGCAAUGAGGUGAUGCAAUGAUGUGAAACAACACUCACCAUAUAUGGUAUGGUCUGUCUUUAGCAAGUAAGUCUACGUCCAUGGCUUUUGAACACUGUAUAGCUGUCAGCGAGCCUCUAAUAUCCAUCUUGUUAGCAAGAAGUAAGAUUGGAAUGUUUCGGUCCUGUAUCUUGCUGUGUGUAAGUAGGGUUUUUAGUUCCUCCUGUGCUACUGGCAUUCUCAGUUUGUCACUGCUAUCCACCACAAAUAUGACAGCUUCUAUAUCCUCAUAGUAAUGUUCCCAGAGGUUGCGGUAUCUUCCCUGACCUGACAUGUCCCAAACAGUGAAGGAGAUACUUUCAUGCUUGAAGACUUCUACAUUAAACCCAAUUGUAGGCAAUAUAUUGUGGGCUUUUGUCUGCAUAUGAAGGAUAUCACAAAAGAGAUAGAGUUAAUCUACUCACUUUGCUUGUCACAAAAUUGUUACAUUCCUACUAAACAAGACACCCCCACCCCAUCACACACAAAAUAGCAGAGUGGAAAAACCAAGGUUAUGCAACAAUGUUCAUGUUUGGCUCUACAACUUACACUCUCCGGCUUUAGAUGAUUGAUGACAGUAGAUUUACCACUGUUAUCCAGGCCGACACAUAUCACUUUAGCUUGUCUUUGCUUUAGACCAAGCCACGUAGCCAAGCUGUCCAGCAGCCCCAUUGAUCCUCCGUAAGACACUCUAAAUAAUGCUCACCUUGUUAGCCUUACCUAUAGUCUCCAUGACAGCGGUAAAAAGCGCAUGCGUGGAAUUUUCUCGUGGGAAUAUUUUGGGCGUGGCUCUCCUCCUAUCGCUGGAUUUUGAGGGGUGGAUCGGACAGUUUGAAAGCUGAGAUCAGAGUUAGAAAGCAGAAACUGGUGUGCUCGUAUCUGUUCAGUGUUAGUUGGCCCAGAGGAACGAAGAACCACAAUGCCGAAGCACGCGGUUAAUGUCCGUGUCACCACCAUGGAUGCGGAGUUGGAGUUUGCCAUCCAACCAAGUACCACUGGGAAGCAACUCUUUGACCAGGUCGUGAAAACGAUUGGCCUGAGGGAAGUGUGGUACUUUGGACUCCAGUAUGUGGACACAAAGGGGCUCACAACCUGGUUGAAACUCAACAAGAAGGUUCUGGCCCAAGAUGUUCGCAAGGAGACCCCACUGCAGUUCAAGUUCAGAGUAAAGUUUUUCCCUGAGGAUGUGGCUGAAGAGCUGAUCCAGGACAUAACGCAACGGCUGUUCUUCCUCCAGAUCAAGGAGGGUAUUCUGACUGAAGAUGUGUACACGCCUCCAGAGACAGCUGUGUUGCUGGCAUCUUAUUCGGUCCAGGCAAAGUUUGGGGACUACAACAAGGACGUGCACAAACCUGGCAUACUGGUUAAGGAGAGAGUCCUCCCACAGAGAGUCCUGGACCAGCACAAGCUGACUCCGGAGCAGUGGGAGGAGAGGAUCCUCAACUGGUGGAUUGAGCACAAGUCCAUGCUGAGGGAAGAUGCCAUGCUGGAGUAUCUGAAGAUAGCACAGGAUCUGGAGAUGUACGGAGUCAACUACUUCUCCAUCAAGAACAAGAAGGGGACGGAGCUGUGGCUGGGAGUGGAUGCUCUUGGGCUCAAUGUCUAUGAGAAAGAAGACCAGCUUACCCCCAAGAUUGGCUUCCCCUGGAGUGAGAUCCGAAACAUCUCCUUCAAUGACAAAAAGUUUGUCAUCAAACCCAUCGACAAGAAGGCUCCCGACUUUGUGUUCAAUGCACCUCGUCUUCGCAUCAACAAGCGUAUUCUGGCCCUGUGCAUGGGUAACCACGAGCUCUACAUGCGCCGCCGAAAACCUGACACCAUUGAAGUGCAACAGAUGAAAGCCCAGGCCAGGGAAGAGAAACAUGGCAAGCAAAUGGAAAGGGCUCAGCUGGAGGAAGCCAAGCAGGCCAGAGCAGAGGCUGAGCGGCAAAAGAAAGAAAUGGCUGAACGCCUUCACAAGUUUGAGCUAGAAACGAAAAAGGCAGAGGAAGAGCUCGUUCGCCAGGCAGAGAGUGCUAAACUACUAGAGGACAAGGUUCGACGGGCAGAGAGUGAGUAUCACGAGAUGGAGCAGGAGAAACAGAGGUUAGAGAGCGAGAGAGCAAUGCUGGCAGAGCAAGCCAAGAAGGAGAAAAAAGAGAGUGAAUCUUCUCGCAAGAAGGCAAGGGAGAUGGAAGAGAAAGCACAACGAAUGGCCGCUGAGGCUAAAGCCAAAAGUGAAGAAAUCUCUGCUAUUAAGGCGGAGCUGGAUACAGAUAAGACUAAAGCUGGUGGGAUGGUAAAGGAGACAGAACAUGAUGACACAGAGGACAGUACAUCAGCAAUGGGAGCCACAGAACUGACUCUGGAAGGUGUUUCGGGUGUUGGGUCAGAGCUGGAGAGAAUCCAUAUUGCUGAAAAGAACAAGGCCAUGGCUGCCAAGUUGAAGUCACUUACAUCAGAGCUGGCAACAACUCGUGAUGACAGCAAACAGAGCCAUCGGGAUGCUCUACACGUUGAGAAUCUAAAACAGGGCCGGGACAAGUACAAGACUCUGCGGCAGAUUCGCCAAGGCAACACCAAGCAACGUGUGGAGAUGUUUGAGAACAUGUAAACCCACCAGCCAUUUUUAGUGUAAAGGUGCUACUGCUGUGUAAAGACAAUAAGGUAGCUUUUCUGCAUUUUGUUUUUAGCAUUAUAGACACUUAAGCCUGUAUAUAUACAUGAUUGUGAUUGUGUCAUGAAACUCUUAAAGUCCUUUUUAUGUGUAAAUCUGUUUUUUAUACAACUACAUGAAGUUGAUGGACAUACACCUUCAGCCAUUUUUGUUUCGUCGCAUAUUGACUAUUUACAUUGUCGCAAUCUGCUCUGAGUAUCGCAUUCCACAACUUGAAAGCUUAAGGUGUUCAAGAAGUCUUCAAAAGCCACCUCGUGAACCAGGA